CGUCAUGACGUCUGUUUUCCGCCGCCUGUUGGUCUUUCACAGUUGGUAACAGGAAUCACGAAAAUGGCCUCGACCCUGCCCCUAUAUCAGAGUGAACGGGGGAGAUGACGGUGUUUAGCCUGUUUAGUACACGGAUCGCCCGAGUGAAACGUAGAUAAAACCUAAAGUGAGGAUAUACAAGGAGUCUUAUCGGCCAGGAACGGACUAACGGCAGACUACCGCAGGUUUCGUGGGUGUCCCCGGCCGCUAUGGAGGAUAUCAACUCCAACAUCAACGCGGACCUGGAGGUGCGGAAGCUACAAGACUUGGUGAAGAAACUCGAGCAGCAAAAUGAGCAGCUUCGGAGCCGGUCUACGUUGUUUUCUUCAACCGGAGGGGUGUCAGGGGGCAACCGGCCGCACAGCGCCGGAUACGACUCCAUGUCAGCCGGGCUGGCCGGGUUCCCUGGGGUGGGGUUCGGCGGAACGGGCGGCUACGGUGGGAUCUUGGAGAACUCUCGCUGUAUGAGCCCUAGACUCUCUUACGAUGGCAUCAGCUUCAGGAGAUCUUAUGCCGGGGAGGGGGCGACGGCGGCCACCUCCAUCUCGAGUAUGAACUCAUUUUACGCCGAUACCGCCGGCAGCUUUAAGGAUGAAUCGGACGACUCGAUUCUAGACGAAGUGGAAAUACUAGAUCUUGAAGAUAUGGACUGUUUGAACGAGGAGGAAGACAGCUGGCUGUACGAGGCGAAGCUGAACAGCCCGCUGCAGAAGGCCCUGAGCCCCAUGGUGUGGUGUCGCCAAGCCCUGGACCACCCCAGCCCUGACAUGGAGACCGCCAAGCGAUCCCUCAUACACAGACUGGAGCUCACCAUGUCAGAUAACUCAGCUUCCUACCAUGUAUCCUCCAUCGACACAGGCCACAAGAGCAGGAGUCUGUACGGCAGCCCCUACACCCAGCAGAUGUGCUAUGGCAGCCCGUUCAGCACCAACACGGCCAACAGCGCCUGUAGCAGCGCCUUCAACUCCCCGUCCUCCACGCCCAGCAAAGUGCCCAUCGUGCGGCAGCAGCUGAUGCCUGGAAACACAGUUUACCAGCGCAACACAGCAGCGGAGAGGAACCCCCCGGCGGUGAGCCCCCAGUCAUCGGUGGACAGCGAGCUCAGCACCUCUGAGAUGGACGAGGACUCGGUGGGCUCCUCCAACACCUACAAGCUCAACGACGUCAUCGACGUCCAGAUCAUGGCCCGCAUGCAGGAGGAGAGUCUAAGGCAGGACUACGCGGCCACGGCCUCCAGGCGGAGCUCUGGCUCCUCCUGCCACUCGCUGCGGCGCAGCACCUUCAGCGACCAGGAGCUGGACGCCCACAGUCUGGACGACGAGGACGAGAUCCUCCCGCCCGCCUUCCACCCCCUCCCCAACCGCUUCAGCCCCUCGCCCCGCCACUCGCCGUGCGCCUCGCCCCGCAACUCGCCGCGCUCCCGCUCCCCGGCGCGCUCCAUCGACUACGGCCACUCCCGCAGCUCGCCGCAGCCCCUGAGCCACGGGCGCGGCUCCCCCCAGCCCAUCAUCAGCCGGCUGCAGCAGCCCCGCCACUCGCUGCAGAGCCACGGGGGCGAGCUGCAGACCAACGUGGUGAAGAACGAGGAGAAGCUGAGACGGAGCCUCCCCAACCUGAGCCGCUCCUCGGUACCAGCCGGCCCAGGUCCGGAGCCCGUCAAGAACAGCCGCAGUAUGGAGUCCAACCUGCAGACCCCCAACGGAGGGUCCCCACGCCACCAGAACCAGUCUGCUAUGGCCGGUACCCCAAGGUCCUCAACCCCGUCACGCGCCACUCCAAAAACCAAACAGCACCUCCAAAGCCCAUCAGCCCUGCGAGUCCCCCUGUCCUGUUGCUUCGGAGAGGAGGCAGAUUUCAUCCCGUCCCCAAGUAAGCUCCGCUCCCCGGCCAUGCCCUCCCCGCUGGCCCUCAGACAGCCGGUGAAGGCCACGUCCAACCCCAGCUCCGGGAACUCCACCCCGGUCCGGUCCCUAGCACCCCCCCGCAGCGGCCUGCCCCGACCCAGCGCCACCUCGGGGGGCGGCGGAGGCAUCCCCCUGCCCAGAACCAAGCUGGCACAACCCGUUCGCAGGUCUCUGCCCGCACCCCGCUCCUAUGGUAGUUCCGGGGAGAACUGGAGGGAAGGCUGUUACUGAAGCCUGCCACCAGAGUGUGCUGCACACCCCCCAUCCUGACCGAGGCAGGCGUAUCAACGUGGCACUUUAUCCAGAGUCCUCUAAGAGUCAAGAAGAAGAAGAAGAGAAGACUUCACCCAGAUUCCUUUUAAAAAGUUAACAAGAGAAAGACUAUAAAUAUAGAUCACGACAACUCAAAAAACGAAGUGUCAAUUAUGUGUACUGAAAAGACAGCUGGCAUUCAGAUCACAUAGCAAGGGAAAUGCCAAAGAAAGCAGAGAAAAACAAAUCCUUCGCUGCCACCAGAAGAGGGCGCCCACGCCUUCCUCUGUGGCUGCAAUCAUCUCCCAGACUCCAGUCCAGCUGUCUCCAUCUCUCCCAUCCUCUUCUUCCUUUUCCCUCAGGUUUAAACGUUUUGAAUUUGCUCUCACUCUAGACUCUGUUCUGUUUGGAGAGGUCUGUGUAGGACUGAAGUUCCUCCAUGUCUCAGAGCUCCAUGGUUCCUCGUGUUUUGGCGGUGCUUCAAUCUCAGAGCAUACCUCUUAUAUCUGAAGGUCUGAGGGUGCUUCAGGUCUGGGAAACUGUCUGACAGGUGUUCAUUUGCUGAUGCUGUGUGCUCUUCAUAUCUGAAGGUGCUUCAAUGCUUGAGUUCAUCAAUCCAAAGGGUCUCAAUGGAUCUCAUGCCUUCAUGCUCUGAGCUACCUUAUCUCACCAGUCGGAAAAUCAUUCAUGACCUAAAGCUGACAGCUACGCCACUCAUCGUGUUCCUCAAUCCAAAUGGUCUGAAUGGCUCUCAUGUCUUUGUGAUGGGAAAUCUUUAGUAUCCUAAAGCUGAUAACUCUUCAAUUCUGAAAGGUCUGACGGUGCUUCAAUCAUGAAGCACCGUCUUUAGGUGGGGAGCCACCCUAUCUAAAAGGUCUGGAGGGGCUUCAUGUCUUAUUAAGGACCUCUGCAUCUGGUUCUAAGAGUUUCUCCUUAAAUUCAGCAUGAAUGUAAGCAGAUGCUUCUUUUAGAGAUUAUUUAUUCAAAUUAUUUAUGCAGUUUUUAUGUCCAAGCAUCCAUAUCAGUAUUUGUUUUAAGAUUCUUUAAAGCAUUAAGAAAUGUAUGUUUUUAAACCUCAACGUAAAGCUAACUCCCCAAAGCCAUGUCUUAGCGUGCGUCCAUUUUGAAGAGAACCUGGAAUGUUUGUUCAGCUGAGUCUUGGAUGACUUCACGCCACAAUUCUAUCCCAAACAACUAACUUUCUUCCUCCGAGUCUGAAACCCUGACCUGAUCUCUCCACCACUUCGGUAAAUGUGUAAUUAAUGAAUUAUAAUGUGGUGUUGUUAGCCUGCAGUGUGUAUCAUUCAUGCCGUGACAGAGGGAACAGUGUGUUCAGAAAAACUAAAUGUAAGAUUUUAAUAAAGUGGCCAUUGCCUCUUGUGCUUUAUAAAUCCAGAGGCUUGCCUAAAAAAAUAGGGAUGAUUAUUUGGUAAAUGGUGUGCCGGAUAUUAUCAAACUAGUGCCUAUAAUUUACAUUAUACUUUAUUUUAAAAGUGCUCGGCUUAUUUUGUGCCAAUUUUAUGAGUUUGCCAAUGAUUUGCAUUUGCUUGGUUAAUUUGUUUGCAUCUGUGUUUGGGUUUCUUAAGUAACUUAAUCAUUUAUAAUUGCUUUAAAAAAGUAUGUUAAAAACUGCGCCUUCAUAUUUAUAACUGAUGACAUAUGUAAAUGACUAUUUAUUAGUGUGAGGGUGCCUCUGUGGGAAAGAAUGUCACUAAAAGACGGCACCACACCUUUUGUGUGAUGGUUUUUGUUAUGGAACUUUUUUUACAUCCAUGAACAUGACAUUCACAUUCCCUGUGUGAACCCACAUUUCAAAUAAAGCUGAAAACCUCUUUUCUC